AGUCCUGUGUCACUGUGUCUUGGAAUUUCAAUUCAAUGGACUAUGCACAGAAAUAUGUUGUGAAGAAUUAUUUCUACUACUACCUGUUCAAGUUUUCAUCUGCCUUGGGUGAAGAGAUUUUUUACAUCACAUUCCUUCCAUUCACCUACUGGAACAUCGAUCGUGAUGUGUCAAGGAGGCUGAUAAUGAUGUGGUGUAUUGUGAUGUACAUAGGUCAAGUCACUAAGGACAUCCUGAAGUGGCCUCGUCCUCAUUCACCUCCGGUUGUGAAGCUGGAAAUGAGAGCAGAAUAUGGAAUGCCAUCCACCCAUGCCAUGGCAGCAACGUCCAUUUCCUUCACAUUGUGUAUUUCAGCAGUCAACCAAAACGAGUAUCAAUUUGUGCUAGGACUAAUGGCAGCAUUUGUAUUUUCCACGCUGGUGUGUCUCAGCAGGCUUUACACUGGAAUGCACACUAUACUGGAUGUGAUUGGUGGAACUCUGAUUUCAGCUGCAUUAAUUGCACUCACAUGUCCUGCAUGGGAUAUUAUAGACCAUCUGAUGUUAACUAGUCCAUUCUGUCCUAUACUUUCCAUAGUUGUGCCUCUUUUCUUAUGCUACAACUAUCCCAACCUAGAGGAUUACAGCCCUACCCGAGCAGACACAACUACUAUCCUUGGAGCAGGAGCUGGAGCCACCAUAGGAUUUUGGUUAAAUAACCUGUAUGCAGCAUCAAACUAUCCCAAUGAAAGUCUGCAGCUCAGUUUUCCUUCAAUCGGUGAAAUGAUGAUGGUGGUACUGGCAAAGUUCUUAGUAGGGAUUUUUGUUCUUUUGGUCGUACGUUAUUUCAUCAAAGGCAUGGCCCUCCACAUUUUGUGUUCCAAGUACCAGGUUUCUGUCAAUGAUCUAGAAGCCAAACGACGACUGGAAAUAGAAGUGCCCUACAAAUUUAUAACAUAUUCUUCUGUUGGCUUCAGUGCAACAGUGAUUGUCCCAUUAUUGCAUGAGUUAUUAGGAUUAAUAUGAGUGCUGUGCAUUAUUAGAAAUAAUUUAUGGCAAAACCAUGUCAGAGAUGCAAAAAAAUUACACAAAGAUAUAAGACUUUGCCAAAAAGUAUGGUGUACCUGUCUGCACUGGCCUUAAAAUACCUACUAUUGAAUAUCUCAGGGAAUCAGUUUGUAUAAAUAAUUUAGGGUUAGACAUUACUGGCUAUUAUGUACCCACAACUACAGAUCUGUGAUCUAGGUGGUUAGUAUUAUGAGUAUAAAGACAAGAACUCCUAUUUAUAUGGCUUUUGUUUACUUUCCAAAAAGCUACCAUGUGCUAGGAUCAGUGUUGUCUCACUCAGGAUUCUGCCUCAGUAUGUCACUUUUCAGUUUUGGAAACAUCAUGAAGGUGAUGCUCACAUGAUUCCCCUCACUGCAUCCUACAAUCCCUGAUGGUCUCCCACACUUCAGGUAAGGGGUUCAGUUUUAUGCACCCCACAGAGGGUGUAACAGAGGCAAGGGAACAAUCUUGCUGCAGAGACAGAACCAGCUGCACAGUGCUCAGGAAUUGGGGUUAAAUCCUACUGUUAAGGAAAAAAGUGUGCAUGUGUGCACAGUGGGAGUUCGUCUUGUGUGGAAAAGACGCUGCCAAUCUAUUAUUAAAGGUCCACUCUUCAGCCUAUCAAUUCUCAGUAUUGUGUUGGCCCUGGUAAUUGAGCAGCCAAAGGAAGGAAAUGCUGAGGGGGACAAAUCCACAGGGAAGGUAGCGGGAAGUUUGAAGUGAUCAAAAAGGCUACAUGGGUAGUUAGCCAAAACCAAAAUAAGAAUAGCUUGAAAUGACGUAGGACCAUGAAGCUGUGCUUAAAACUGGCAUUGAUUCAGUGGAAGUGUCCUGCUGACUAAGAUACCAGAUGCUCUUGGGAAUGAACACGCACAGAAACCGUAAACCUAGAUAGCAUCACACACAUUUCCCUUGAGACUGCUCUUCAUUGUUAAAUGUUGAAAUUUGAUGAUGCUUUGUAUUUGCUACUUGAUGUAAUCUGUCUUCUGAGUACAGACAUUCUUCCUUAUUAAGACUUGUUUUACCAAUUGGAAUGCUUCAGAAAACUAACUUUAUUCUUGUAUGUUUCAAAAUGUGACUUACAUAUUACUGGAAAUUCUGCUUGGAAAUGCUCCAACUAGGGAAUGUAGGGAGUCCAUGUGCUCCUGGAUCAAUAUCGCAGCUGACAUAGAUUUCCUCUUAACCAAGUCACUUACUCACCUAGCCUCAGUUCUCCCAUCUGUGAAAAGGCAACAGUAAUAUCUGAAAAGGCAACAGGGAUGCUGUGAGGACUAAUUAGCAUUUAAAGUGUAUCAUGUAAAGUGCUGAAUAUUAAUAUUCAAAUAACUAUAAAAUACACUGAAGUGAUUCCAUAACUUUCUAGUGCUAAGCUCCACCAUGCUUUGUCUUCUAUGCAUCUUGAAAUUGGAUACAACAAUAAUUGUGUUCUUAACCACUAAUAGUUAAGGGUGGCUGCUGCUGCUACUUCCAAGCCAGUUAAAAGUAUUAGCAAUUGCACCAGAGAGCAGCUAGAAGUUCAGCUGUGAUGAGCCAUUUUUUUAAACUGAACCAUAUGCUGCUCGACCUUGACUUCUCCUACAGUCUCUCCUCUGCCGCAGUUACAUGUUAUACUGUUAUAGCUGAAAGCAUGCUCUGGAGACCUUUUCUUUCAUCAUUUAUAGUACGUAGAGCCACCACUUUCCUAUUGGUCGCUGUUUUUUUUAAUCAUUAUUUGAGUAUGUUGAGGAUCUAGGCCAUUUAAAAAAAAACUAGCAUUUUCCUCCGUAAAACGAAUGUUUAAUUUAUGAGUAGAGUUAAAUGUGGAAGAAUGUAAAGAGGGUGAAUUACCAGUGGUUGGCUAGUUUUAGAAUCAUGUAUUUAAUGAGUAUGGCUUUGCCAUGAUUGCCACUGAGCAGACUUGGAAGAUACUCUUGCUUUUAGAAAAAGUUAGCACUCUAGUACAAUAGGAGAUAGAAAAUGACCAUUUUAAAUACAGUGCUUCUUUUUAGAUUUGUAAGGGCCGUGGUUUAACAGUACUUAAAAUUAUGGUGGACACACAUUCAUAGCCUAUUCAAAAUUUAAUCCCAGUUUAGUAAAUAUGAACACUUCAUUACCAAGAUGUAUAGAAGACUAUAGCCAAAUCAAACUGCACUUAAUACUUACUCCACAAGAGAUACCUUAAAACACUGUCCAAUAAAGGAUUUUAUGAUAUAGGGCUACAUUAAGGCAAAAAAUCUGAAGCCCUAUAGAGGUAUUAUUCAACGUCUUAGUGGAAGGGACUAAAGCAGAAAAAAAAUUACAGUAAGUAGAAGGUUCCUUAACACUGUCAAUUAAACUAAAAUGUCUUGAGUCUUUCAUGUAGUUGUAGUUAAAAUACUGCUUUUCUGAACUGCAGCUUUUCUGUGCUAUCAAACUUUAUGUAUAUAGAUGUGGAUUUAUGUAGUAUGUGCACAUUUCUAUUUUUGUAGCAUUCAGGUUCAUGUGAUUUUUAUGCAGCCCAUAAAAAGUGUUUUCUUUCAGAAGUCCUACCUCGUUCGCUUCAAAAUUUAAAAUAAAUAUAUUUCCAAAAGCUGGUA